UGGAAGCUCAUUGCGGUAGCGCUGGUCCUGGCUGCUGGUCCUGAUGCAGUGCCUGUUGGUGGACUGUACUGAUAUCCAAUUAGAGUCUAAAGGGACUGAGUUCCUGCUGGUGAUACAGACGGCAAGCGGUAAUACCCGUGAACAAGAUGACGGCCAUCAGCUCAGAGCCUCCCACUCUGGCUUCAAAUGAACAAAACAAGCACCUGAGAAUGGAUACACCUGGGGAGGAAGAAGCCAUCCUGGGAGGAAACACUCCUGACCCAGAGUCUCUCAGACAGAGGUUCCGGUGGUUUUGUUACUCCGAAGAGGCUGGACCCAGAAAAGCCCUGAAUCGGCUCUGGGAGCUCUGCCUUCAGUGGCUGAGACCAGACAUCCACACGAAAGAACAGAUUUUAGAGCUUUUGGUGUUUGAGCAAUUCCUGUCCAUUUUGCCCGGGGAGAUCAGGAUUUGGGUAAAAUCACAACGCCCUCAGAAUAGUGAGAAAGUGGUGACCUUAAUAGAGGAUUUGACCCGAACGCUUGAAGGAAAGGAAGUUUCUCAAGAUUCUGUUAUUUCCCAAGAGGAGAACCCUGAAGAAGAUACAACGGUUUCUGUCCUUCCAAAUACUGAGUCCGGGGAACCCAUGACAUUCAAGGAUAUAGCUGUGAAUUUUUCCAGAGGAGAGUGGAGGAAGCUGGAACCUUUUCAAAAGGAGAUAUAUAAGGAAGUGCUACUGGAGAACUGUAGGCACCUAGAAUUUCUGGGCUUUCCAGUUACCAAAUUAGAUGUGAUUUCCCAGCUACCGUGGGUUGAACCAGGGCUUCUGGAAAAAGAAGUCUCAAAAGGCUCCAUACCAGAGUGUGAACCUAGAGGUGAAUUGAAGGAAUCUGUUCAAAAUCAAGAUGUUCUUAUGGACGAAUCGACUUUAGAAAAAACAAUAGAUAGGUACUUAAUGUGUGGUGAUUAUGGCUUGAUGGGAGAAUCCUCCAAACGCGGCAGAUUAGAGAAGGGCCGUAGCAAUAAGGAAUGUUCGAAAGUAGCAGGCACACAAAAGAAAACUCAUGGGAGAGGCAGUAAGGGUGAGGAAUUUGACUCAGAAAAGGGCCCCUCUGCAAGUAAUGCCAAGGAAACUUCGGAUUUAGUUAAGCAUCUGAGAGUCUACUUACGGAAGAAAUCUCGGAAGUAUAAUGAAUGCAAGAAACGCUUUAGUUUUCAUUCAGACCUUGUUAUGAACCGCAAAGAGCACACUGGAGAGAAGCCACGGAAACGUAAGGAAGGCAGGAAAGUCUUAAGUCACUCUUCAUCUCUUACUAAACAUCAGAAACAUCCGAAAAUUUAUAUGGGUACCAAGCCCCAGAAGUGCAGUAACUGUGGGAUAGACUUCACUCAAAGCUUAUCCCUUGUUAAGAGAAGAAAAACCCCUAUAUGUGAGAAAUGUCGGAAAAGUAAAUAUCAGGAUACAACCUCGAAUAAAGAUGAGGGAACAGAGACUGGAGAAAAAUCCCCCAAAUGUAGCAGAUGUGGAAAAUCCUUUGAUUAUAGUACCACACUGUCCAAACAGCAGAAACUUUACCUUGGUGGAAAACCCUCUAUGUGCAAUGAUUGUGGGAAAGCUUUCAGUAAGAGUGCAUCCUUCACACCCCGUCGUAGAGCUCAUAGUGGAGAGAAACCCUUCAAAUGUGAUGAUUGUGGAAAAGGUUUCACCCUAACUGCCCACCUCAUUAAACAUCAACGAAUUCAUACAGGAGAAAAACCCUAUAAAUGUAAAGAAUGUGGGAGACCCUUUAGUGACAAUUCAUCUCUUAUUCAACAUCAGCGAAUUCAUACUGGAGAAAAACCCUAUACAUGUAACGACUGUGGCAAAUCCUUUAGUCAUAGCUCAUCCCUUUCCAAGCAUCAGAGAAUUCAUACUGGAGAGAAACCCUAUAAAUGUACUGAAUGUGGAAAAGCCUUUAGACAGAAUUCUUGCCUUACCCGACAUCAGAGAAUUCAUACUGGAGAAAAACCAUACCUAUGUAAUGAUUGUGGAAUGACUUUCAGCCAUUUUACAUCUGUAAUUUAUCAUCAGCGACUUCAUUCAGGAGAAAAACCCUACAAAUGUAGUCAGUGUGAGAAAGCCUUCCCUACCCAUUCUCUCCUUAGUCGUCAUCAGCGAAUUCAUACUGGUGUGAAACCUUAUAAAUGUAAAGAAUGUGGAAAAUCCUUCAGUCAGAGCUCAUCUCUUAAUGAACAUUAUCGAACUCAUACUGGAGAGAAACCCUAUGAAUGUGACUACUGUGGAGCAACCUUUAGUAGAAGCUCAAUCCUUGUAGAGCACCUAAAAAUUCACACUGGAAGGAAAGAAUAUGAAUGUAAGGAAUGUAAGAAGACAUUCAAAAGUAAUUCAGGCCUCAUCAGACAUCGGGGAUUUCACUCUGGAGAGUAA